UGAUGUUGAAUUCUCUGUUUCUUCUUCUUCCUCUUCCUCUUCCUCUUCAUCAUCAUCAUCAUCAUCUUCUUCUUCUUCUUCGUAUCAGUUCAUUUAUAUUGAUGGUACAUUCUUCCAUACAAAAUAGUAGUGAUUUCAAACAACAAUCAAUAAUAAGAAAAUGGAAAGAUAAUAAUAAUGAUAUAGAAAAGAUAAUAAAACAAUUUGAUAAUGCUGAAGAACAAAUAAAGAGUUUUAUAGAUAAACUAAUGAAGAUCGGUGAUGAAUAUAAACAAGUCAAUGAAUAUGUAAAUUGUUUAAAUGAAUAUAUAGAAGUUAAUAAUGAAUUAAAACUUAUAAAAGAAAUAUAUCUCAAUGAAUCGAAGACAAUGAAAGACUGUUUCAAGAGUCAAGCAUCGAUUAUUCAACAGAGGAUAACGGAUUAUCCAGAGGAGAAAUGUCUUGAAUUUAUACCACACAAUGAUAAAAAUGAAGUUAUAAAUUUUGGUGAUAGCGGGUAUUUAAAUAGUUUAAUUGAUUCAAGAGUAUCUAAUAUUUAUUGGAUAAAUUAUUUUUCAUUUGAGACUGAAACACAAAAACCGGAAAAUCUGUUGGAAAUAUCAACAACAACAACAACAACAACACUCAUUCCAUCGAUUACAACCGAACAAAUGCUAACACAAAAGGCAAAACUUACAGCCGAAGCUAUCAAUGGUAAUACUCUAAAUAAAAAACAUAAUAAUGAAAUUAAUACAGUACAGAAUGAAACUAUGAAAAAUCAUACACAGUUUUCAAUCAUUGAAAAUUCAUCAUUUGAAGGUAAUUUCUAUCUAGUCUAUUUAGGUAUUAGUAUACUAUUAGUAAUAUUUAGUAUUGGAGUAGUUUAUUUAUUAUGUAACCAUUGAAAGAUUAUUCAUUUUUAAUGAAAGUAAAUUCACAUUCAUUGAUUGAUUAUUUUAUUGAUUUUUUAUUUAUUCAAUAAAGUUGUUACUAUGGAAUUUAUGUGAUUUAUUUUAAUUUUUAUUGUUUUCUUGUUAUUGUAAAAUAAUGAUCGGAUAAUAUUAAGUCAAUCUUUUGAUCUUUUCAAAACAACUAUGUAGACUAAUUUAUUUUGAUAGUUGAAUUCAUGAAGCAAUUUAAGUUAGACUACCAUGAAAAGAUCUAGAAGCACUAGAUGGCUGUUUCAUCCUAGUAUGAAUUUCCUCAACAGUACGUAUUCAUGAUACCGGGUCGCGAGAUUCAAAUUCAAGACUUUCAGUCUUACACUUGAAUAUCUAACCUCUAGACCAGUGAGCUAGUCAGAAUCCAACGAUAUUGAUGUAUAACCCCAACGAAUUCAUGAAAUUGAACCACUGUCCACCAUUGUCUCUAGUGAGUGACUAUCUCACAAAAGACUCGAUUGAAUUCCACUAGUUAUGGUUUCUCACUAGAAUUCCAUGAAAUACCUUUUGAAGCCAGUCGCUAGUGAGUAUGAGAUGUUUAUUAUCAGAAAGGGUUUGGUAGAGAUUUUUAGUAAGUUUGUAGUUGAAUCAAUGAGUCGAUUGAAGCUGGGUCACUAUGGAAAACCUUGAAGCAAUGGACGGCCAUUUCGUCCUAUUAUGGAACUCCUCAAAAGCACUCAUCCACGAUGCCGAAAUAGGAUGAAACACAAGUCCUGGAUUGCAC